AUGACAAAAGAAGAACAAAUCUUCUCUUCAAUAACACCCCCAUCAAUCUAUAGUCAAGACUACGUUACUGGAAAACCAAAUGAAAAAUGUAGUUGGUGUAAUGAAAAUAAUGAAAUAAAGUCAUUUACUAUCGUUACGGUUGGAGAUGAGGGAGUUGGAAAGACGUGUUUAAUUAAUCAACUUUUGUAUGGUUAUUUUAAAGACAACAAUAAAUCAACAAAUUGUAAUACAAAGAGUUAUUAUGUUGAUGAUAAAGAAGUAUUUCUAAAUGUAUGGAAUUAUAGUGGUAAACAACGAAACUCAAUGGUUUCAAAAAGUUAUUAUUCUAGCGCAAAUGCGGUUAUCGUAGUAUUUGAUAUUUCUGAUAGAACAACAUAUGAAAGUGUUAAAGGAUGGUUAAAAGAUGUUGGGUAUUAUGCACCUAAAGAUAUUAUUAAAUAUCUUAUAGGAAAUAAAACUGAUUUAGCUGCAAAUAGAAUUGUUUCUAGUCAAGAGGCAGAAGACCUUGCUAAAAGAGAAGGGUUUGAAUAUAUUGAAACAAGUGCUAAAUCAAAUAAUAAUGUAGAUGAAUUGUUUCAACAAAUUGGAAGAUUAUUAGUUCAAAAUAAUUUAUUAAUAACAACAAAUACACCACAACCAUUUCCUAAAUUAAAGAAGAAAACACAGUGUUGUAUUAUUGUAUAA